GAGUCACUUCUGGAAGCGGCUACUUAGGACGUUGCAGUGACUGUGGAAGGAGGCGUGGCUGUUCUGCAACCCUCGGAGGAGCGGCUUUAAAUAUAACGAGAGAAGGAACCGAGGAGUCUAGUGAAGCUUCUUGUGACCUUAUCGGUUGAGGGCGGAAGCGAGGGCUGCGUUGCGUGGGCGGUGACGGAGGAUUCUCCUGGACCCGCGUGGAAGCCGCUCUCAGGAUGCUGCGCCGCGAGGCCCGCCUUCGCCGGGAGUACCUGUACCGCAAGGCGCGAGAGGAGGCUCAGCGAACCGCCCAGGAGAGGAAGGACAAGGUUCGGCGCGCGCUUGAAGAGAACCGCCUCAUUCCCACGGAGUUACGCAGAGAGGCUCUGGCCUUACAGGGAUCCCUGGAGUUUGAUGAUGCCGGUGGUGAAGGUGUCACCAACCAUAUGGAUGAUGAGUAUCGAUGGGCAGGGGUCGAGGAUCCCAAAGUCAUGAUCACUACCUCUCGAGAUCCCAGUUCCCGCCUCAAAAUGUUUGCAAAGGAGCUGAAAUUAGUGUUCCCUGGCGCCCAGCGCAUGAACCGAGGCCGGCACGAGGUCGGGGCACUGGUGCGAGCCUGCAAAGCCAAUGGGGUCACUGACCUGCUGGUUGUCCAUGAGCAUCGAGGCACACCUGUGGGGCUCAUUGUCAGCCACCUGCCCUUUGGCCCAACUGCGUACUUCACACUGUGCAACGUGGUCAUGCGGCAUGACAUCCCCGACCUGGGCACCGCGUCAGAGGCCAAGCCUCACCUCAUCAUGCAUGGCUUUUCCUCCCGCCUGGGUAAGCGGGUCUCUGACAUCCUCCGCUACCUAUUCCCUGUGCCCAAAGAUGACAGCCGCCGGGUCAUCACCUUUGCCAACCAGGAUGACUACAUCUCCUUCCGGCACCAUGUGUAUAAGAAGACUGACCACCGCAACGUGGAGCUGACUGAGGUCGGGCCUCGCUUUGAGAUGAAGUUGUACAUGAUCCGCUUGGGCACGCUGGAACAGGAGGCCACAGCAGACGUGGAGUGGCGCUGGCACCCCUACACCAACACUGCACACAAGAGGGUCUUCCUAAGCGCUGAGUGAGCCUCCUCACCGGUCAGAACAUGGACCUGAUCGCCGACCUGGGAGCUGGGGAGGAGUGAGAAUAAAACCUGAAUGUCAGAGCA